AUGAUUAAGUUGGCGAAGGUCCAGAAAAAGCUGAGAUUCUACCGCGCCGGAUUCUAUGUCAGCCAUGUCUUCCAAGCUUUGUUCUUUGGGUUCUGGUGGUUGCGCGGAGGCGACACACCACACCCGCACGCCACAUAUCACGACCUGGAAUGGAGUGGUCUGCUAGGCGAGGACUGGAACGGGAUUGUCCCUAAUGGAGUUGGGUACCCAUUAAAGCCGACCUACUGGGGCCAUGACCACCCUUACUACAUGCCCGAGGACAUAUUCGAAGACUUCGACAAGUCCUUGGCUAUGAUAAAUCACUGGAAAUACAUGCACAACAGUUCCAGCAUAUUCGUCAGGCCUGAUGAGCCCCGUGCCAAGCGGAUCAAGCCCGAUGGCAACACCGCCGAGCUACCAACGUUCUGGCCUUGGGAACCUCUUGAUGACGGCAGGGAACUAUACGCCAUCCGCGGCUUCCACCAAAUGCAUUGCAUAUUCGUCAUCUCCGAAGAGUUUACCUACCAUUACGCACAGACCAACGACUCGCUGUGGACGGCUGGACAUGUGGCACACUGCAUCAACACCCUUCGUGACGCCGUCAUGUGCAUGGCGGAUGCUCAGCCCCUGUCAUACAUCAACGGUUACAAGAAGGGGCACGCGACGGAUGAUCAGGCUAUGAUGUGCAGAGACUGGGAGGCAUUGCACAAGUACGUGACCGACCCUGCAAGGGGAUUGCGGAUCAAGAAUGUCGCGCCAGCCGGAAGCAAGGAAGACAAGAUGGCCCCCAUCGUCCCUUAUCCUCAGUUGACUGAUGCAGAGCUGAGGGGCGUAGCGUGA